GCCAGCAUGGCGUUCCGAGGCGGCGGCCGGGGCGGCUUCCACCGCGGCGGCGGCACCAACCACUUCCGAGGCGGCGGCGGCGGCGGCAGAGGCGGCUUCGGCAGAGGCGGCGGCCGCGGAGGCUUCAGCAGAGGCCAGGACUUCGGGCCCCCGGAGCGCGUCGUCAUCCUGGGAGAGUUCCUCCAUCCCUGUGAAGAUGACAUCGUCUGUAAAUGCACUACUGAAGAAAACAAGGUGCCUUACUUCAAUGCUCCAGUGUAUUUAGAGAACAAAGAACAAAUUGGAAAAGUGGAUGAAAUAUUUGGACAACUUAGAGAUUUCUAUUUUUCAGUCAAACUGUCAGAAAACAUGAAGGCUUCAUCCUUUAAGAAACUACAGAAGUUUUACAUAGACCCCUACAAGCUGCUGCCACUGCAGAGGUUCUUGCCAAGGCCUCCAGGUGAGAAGGGGCCCCCUCGAGGCGGUCGCGGAGGAGGCGGUGGAGGCCGUGGUGGUGGUGGCCGUGGUGCCGGCCGUGGUGGCGGAGGCCGUGGUGGGCGAGGUGGAGGCAUUCAUUUCCUUUCAUUUCAGGUGGCUUUCGAGGGGGCCGAGGCGGAGGCUUCAGAGGUGGCCGCGGUGGUGGUGGUUUUAGAGGGAGAGGACAUUAAAUGUAACAUUUGA